AUGUCUAACGCUUGUGAAACAUUGAGCCCACGUCCGGCAGCAGUGACGGGCCCGACAACAACGAUAAGUGCAGACAAUUAUCUUGGUCUUGAGAGUGAUCGUGAGGAAGGUCCAACCCGAUCGAGCAGAGACAAGUCCGUUGAUCUGGAGAGUGGCAAUGCCAAGGAACCAAGCACACAGAGAAACGAGAUGAGGUUUGUCUCGGAAGCAGCUAGUAAGAAUGAGACAUUUUGGUCCAAAAUUACGAAAUAUUGGUUCGCUCCAUUAUGCCAUGUAGAGGAAAUAGCAAGGCUGAGGCUUUCGAAAGAAGCUUGCUUAUUGCAAUACAACCUUCGAGACGCAGCAACUCGUCCAGAGAUCUAUGAAGUAACAGGCUCAACACCACUCAGUCUGAUAGCUCGCAGAAAGGAUGAUCCUGCCCUGGGAAAAUGCCUAUUCGAUUUACUACUGCGCUGA